AUGGCCUUUCAAUUCAAUUUCAGUAUAGAAGAAGAUCUGGAAAAUAAAGUAGCACCCCUUGGUGAUGGAACUUUGACCCUGGAUUCAUCAUCAGUCUCAAAAAGUCAAAACGGAAAGCAGGACAGAAAGUCUUCUGCAGAACUGUCGGGUGUGCCUGCAGAUUGCUUGUGGGACUGCUCCUCAGUGGGAAAUGCAGCUUCCUCUGAAGACACUGACAGCCCACUCAGGACAACUGACAGGUCAGGUGACCCAGAAGCCUGUGAAAAACAGCCCUCCUUGAGAGCUGCUAAAGAACAUGCUAUGCCUCACGAUUUUAAUCAGGUCUUAGAAAAUAAAGUUAUGGAAAGGUUGCCUGGUCCCCAGCAUGUUAACACAACAGUAGUGAAAACCAUCUCGUUGAAAGAGAAAUUCCCCGGAGAAAACAUAGUUUCAGAAAGCUUUUCUUCGCAUUCUGAUCUGAUUCCAGGUGUUUAUGAAGGAGGCUUAAAAAUCUGGGAAUGUACCUUUGAUCUCCUGGCUUAUUUCACAAAGGCCAACGUGGAAUUUGCUGGACAAAAAGUGUUGGAUCUUGGCUGUGGAUCCGGAUUGCUUGGAAUAACUGCAUCGAAAGGAGGAGCUGGAGAAGUUCAUUUUCAAGAUUAUAACAGCUUGGUGACUGAUGAAGUUACCUUACCUAAUGUAGUUGCUAACUUCCCUUUGCAGGAUGACAGUAAUGAUGUAAAUGAGCCAGAUGAGAAAAGACAAAGGAAGUCAAAAGUAGCCCAAGAAAUAUGUAAAUGCCGGUUAUUCUCUGGGGAGUGGUCUGAGUUUUGUAAGCUUGUAUUAAGUGAAAAAGUGUUUGUGAAAUAUGACCUCAUUCUCACUUCAGAAACCAUUUAUAAUCCAGAUUAUUACAGCACUUUGCAUGAAACAUUUCUCAGACUGUUGAGUAGGAAUGGCCAUGUGCUUCUAGCAAGCAAGGCACAUUAUUUUGGUGUUGGUGGUGGCGUUUAUCUUUUUCAGAAGUUUGUAGAAGAAAGGGGUGUAUUUGAGACUAGAACACUUGAAAUAAUUGAUGAGGGUCUCAAGAGAUUUCUAAUUGAAAUGACCUUUAAGCACCCCAGUUAA